AUGUUAAACUCACAAUAUCUCACAUUUCUUCUCAAUCGGGCAAUGAAAUCAUUCCGCUCAAGUAAUCGACAAGAAAGUACGGUUGGAAAUAAUGAACAGCAACCAAAACUACCAUCCAAUUAUUCAUUUUACAAUCAACAAAAACAAACUUUACUUCAAUCACCAGAUACUUUAUCGAUAUCGAAUAUGUAUGGUCAACAUUAUCAUAUCAAGACUAAUUAUUUCGUUAUUGUGGCAGAUUGUGGUGGAUGCGAUUGCCCGACAUUCAUCCGUAAGUUGCUCAAAUUAACCGGUAAUACUAUCACAGCGGAUCGUCAAGCUAAUGCGAUAUCAUUUCGAAUCGGCAAUGUAGUAAAGCAUUUGACUUUGGCUGAUGUGAACUUUGAAAAACACGAUCUUUGGUCUAGUUUGGAUUUUGAUGGAUGUAUUCUACUUUAUUCAACGAUAAAUUUAUAUUCCUAUAAAUAUGCAAUGAAAAAACUUUCGCAAUUAAGAGAUUCAAAAGAGAAUUAUUUACUUUGGUUAAUUGGUAUUGUUUCUGAUCCAGCUUCACCAUCAACCUCAUCAAGGAUUAUAUCAUAUGAACAGGCUAAAGCAGACUCAUCAAAAAUGGAUGCGCGAUAUUGGGAAGUGAUACCAGAUGGGAAAUCAGCGAGAAGUCCGCUAGUUUAUCAUCAAAUUGUUAUGGAACUUAUAUCAGUAAUCAAUAAUUCAAAAAUUGAUACAUCCUCACCGGACAAAAUUACUUUUGAAUUUAGUAAAAAUUAUCAAGCGAUACGAAAAGCAUCAAAAAGUUGCGAUUACAUUUCAUUAGCAUAA